CAGAACAAAAGAUAUAAUGCGAUUGCAAAAGAAUUUGAGGGAAGUAAUUAAAUGAAAUAUAGAGGUUGAGUACCUGAUCUAGAGUGGAAUGGCUUGAAGGGGAAUAUUAGAGCUUGAAUCUGGCGAAUCCUACGUUGUAAGUGUCGACUAUCACCUAUCCCAUUGUCAUUUCUAAACUAUUUUCCAUUUAAAUGACGACCAAAUGAGCCUAUUGACGGCAGUGUAUUUCAAGUAUAGCAUUUGUGGUGUACAUUGAUGAAUAGGGGUCCAUUACUCUUGAAUAGAAAGAAUCUCCGGCUUUUUGCGCCUAUAGUAACAUAAAAGAACUCAAAGAAGUAUAUCGCAGCUAUGCUUUCUAAACUGUACAUAGUUCUGGUUUAUCGUCACACAAAUAUAACUUCCUCUGAAGAAGAACUAAUCAACUCGGCUCUUGGUAGUGAAUUCUCAUCAGUCCGAAUCGGCUUGAUAUUUGACCAAUAUAAGCUCACUGAGAACAGAUUUAUCCGAACCUAAAGCCCCCCUUGUAUUACAAACCCCCACCUAGAUCCCGGUACGAGUCCCGGAUUGUAGGAAGCUAAACGAGCUAUGCUGCAGUUCAAGCGGUUGUAGAACAUUUAGAUAGUAGUGCCC